CUCCGGCGUGUUUCCUCUGUGCUCAUUUUGUGCCUCCGGUUUUCCUUCUUUCCUGUUUCCUCGGUUUCUUCUCUUCUUAGGGUUUUGUCUCUCUGCGAAGAGAACGUUCGGGGACGAAGAUGGCGAGCGAUGGAGUGGACUACCAGAACGGGAAUGGUGCGGACAUUGGGGCCCCCAAGGCUGUGAGCUUCUCCUCACUCAGGCCUAAGCUUGUGGUUCAGGCGCCCAGGGCGGCCGACGCAGUCGCCUUCUACAAGGCGGCAUUCGGCGCGGAGGAGGUCCUGCGCUCGAACCACCCCAAGAGGAAGGCCGAUCAAGAUCUCCCUCUCAUCCUGUACUCUCACCUUCGCCUCGGUGCCGUUGAGCUUCUCGUUUCCGACGAAACCGAUGACUCUGAAGCCGGGGUGAAGUCGACGGAAGCUCUCGGCGGGACGCCGUUGUUGCUGUGUCUGGAAACGGACGAUGUGGAGGCAGCGGUGGCGAAGGCCGUGCAGGCGGGAGCAGUCGCCGAGGAAGGCGCCGGAGACGGGACGUGCUGCGGUGGGUGCUGGACCAAGGUGAAGGACCCCUUUGGCUUCGUUUGGGCCAUCGGUUCCUCCUCGAAGGCCAUUCCGAUCGAGGCCGACGAAGCGUAGGCCAAGCUUCUCGGCCCUUUCUUUUACUUCUGCUGCUGCGACUUCGUCUUAGGGUUUCGGUUAGAUACUGACUACAGAAAAAUAGUUCGAAGGCAAUCUUCUUAGUUUUAGGAUUAUGGUUCUGGUCCCGCCUCGCCGGGAAGUUUUCCGGCGAUCGAGGCGUCGGGUUUUAGUUGGCUGUUUCUGGUUUAUCUGAACGUGUAGAUUUUGACGGGAGCCCCGCUCGCCGGCUCCCGGAAGUCAAACCAUCUUAUGGAUACGUGGUUUAUUCUCAA